AAUUAUUUUGGGUUUGGGCUUUUAACUUCAAUGUAAACCCAAUACAGCUCAGCACAUAAAUUGUAAAGUGCGGGAACGUAAAAGCGCGCGGGAGGAAAUGUUGCUGGGAAGUAACUUACAGUUUUCUCGGUGGACUUUCUUCAAACACCUUCCGACACGAAAAUUCAAAUUAACAGCACUGUGUCAGCACAAAUUCGUAGCCACUCUCCCCCACUUCGCAACGCUAACCUCCCACCAGAAACAUCAGAUUAAUCUCUACGUCGACACUCUUCUUCAAUGGAACAAGCGCAUGAAUCUCACUGCUGUUAGAGAGGUGAAUGAUGUGAUGGAAAGGCACGUGGAGGACUCCCUCGCGAUUUUGCCUCCGCUGAGCGAUUGUUACCGCUCGCGCUGCGGCUCUUCAUGCGAUAAGUUGAGUCUUGUCGACGUUGGAACUGGCGCUGGCCUUCCAGGAGUAGUUUUGGCCAUAGCUCGCCCAGAUUGGGAUGUAACGCUGAUGGAGUCUAUGAACAAGAGAUGCGUCUUCUUGGACCACGUUGUCGGUGUUAUCGGUUCCUCAAACGUUAAAAUUGUAAGAGGAAGAGCAGAGAAUUUAGGGCAGAAUCCUUGCUUCAGAGAGCAAUUUGAUAUAGCAGUGGCCAGGGCAGUUGCAGAAAUGAGAGUAUUAGUUGAAUACUGUCUUCCUUUGGUUCGUGUUGGUGGAUUGUUUAUAGCUGCCAAGGGUCAUGAUCCUGAGGAUGAAAUUAAGAAAGCUGAAAGCGCCAUCCAGAAGGUGGGUGCAUCUCUAUUGCAAGUUUGCUCAGGUUUUGAAGAAUUUAUGUUCUGAAAUGAAGCGGAGAGAUUGAUAGUUUCCUAGUCCAACAGCGCUAAGCUGCUAACCAGCACGUAAAUAUAUUAGUUUUAUAACAAGCUUAAAGGGGCAAAAACCAAUUUUAUGGAUUUGAUACCCCUUCCGACUCCCUUUUCAGUUGAGUUUUUAGGCAUGUAAUGAUUCUACAAAAUGGUAGGGAGCUUAAGGUCAAUGUGGAGUGGCCAUGGUUGCCGAUGCUCCACUGACUUGUAGAGGAGAAAACUUCACGAGGACUUGGGGUAAAUAUCCAUUUUUCUUGGCAGGCGUAAUUAAGCCUUGACAAGUUUUCUAGCUUCGUUACUGGGAAAUUAUAAUGCCUAUUAUAAUUAAUUUGUAUCUUUUCAAUCUAACACUUUUGUAUAAAUGUUUAUAGACUGUAAACUUUAGAAAUUCUUGCAUGCGGAAAAAAAACUCUAGCUGAACCUUAUCUCUUUGACCCUGGAAUAGACAACCAGGAGAAAUCAUGCAAAAGCAUGGAAUUAGAAGCUAUAAUACAUAAACUUCAAACUCAAACACAAUAAAACUCGCCUAGAAGAACUCUGGGUGAUCAUGCCAUGCAACAAGGGCCCAAACACUUCUCCAACAUUGUUGCUCUUCCCACUACAAAGACAAUGGAGAUGUAGCCAACUUUCCUAAGCUUAACCAAUGGUCAUCAAUUUAUUAGAAUUAAAAAAUAAUUUUAAGUUUAACUCAACAUUACAAAACUGUUUUAUAAAGUGAGAUUUGCACUCACUUAUAUAUUUUAAAUUGGUUUUAUCUCUAGUCAACGUGGGACUCUCAUGCUGAUAUAUACAUAUCGAGUGUUGAUAGGAGUCCGAGAGAGAGUGAAGAGUAGAUCCAACAAACACCAAACUUCGCUAGAAUAGAUUCUAAUCCAUGAUUUUGAUACCAUGUGAAUAAGUGAAUUUUAAAUUUAACUCUAUUCACAAAACUAACUUGUAAAGUGAGAUUUGUAUUCACUUAUAUAUUACGAAUUGGCCUGUUACUGGUUGAUGUAGGAUUACCAAAACUUUUUUUUUUAAAACCAAGAAUGAGGAGAAAGUUAUUGUAUUAAUUGGCAAGGUGAUUUGGACAUAUAAUAGUAUACAAUGAAACUAUAGUUUUCAUACAUUCUCUAAAUUGACUCAAGUAUCGACGACUGUGGUCUCUAUCAUC